GUAAGCUGAUUGGCUAACACACAGAACAUGGAGGUGGGACACACAGGCGCACUCAGCUCGUUCAACCAGGAAAGCAAUUAGCGCUUCGUUGCUAAAGGAAAAAAAGAAGGGUUAGGCUUCGCUUUGUCCGGACUUAAAAAGCACCUAAAGUCAUGACCAGAGGAAACCAGCGUGAACUUGCCCGACAAAAGCACGCCAAGAAACAAAAUGAGCAGGGCAAAGGCAGGAAGGAUGAUGGUCUUUCUGCUGCUGCUCGCAAGCAGAGGGAUGCAGAGAUAAUGCAGCAGAAACAGAAGAAAGCCAGUGAGAAAGGGGACCCUAAAUCAAAAUAACCAGCGGGGCACGUUGGGACUAACACGCAUUUUGGCAGAGGUUCCCAUUCGUCAACAGCUUGUCGCUCACAAAGUUGUAACCAUAUAGACAGCUAAAAAAAUACAAUAACUGUUUUUGGUAAUCAGUUGAAGAAAAUAGUCUACAAUGUGGCUUCAGAAAGAUCUCAAUUAUGAGGGAAAAUCUUUUAAGUUAAGUAAUGAUUCAUCCAUUGUACCAAAUACAAUCAGUAAACACAAUAAUUAAAUUGAUAUAAAUGGUUUCCAUCAUAUUUUUAACUGGUUAAAAAUAUUGACGUUCCAUGUUAAAAGCUGUGUUACUGAUCAUUAUUGGUUCAAAUGUCAUGAGAUUGCAUCUUAAUCUUCCAUCUUGUGUCUCCUUUUGAAUUCACAUCAACUUCAAGUGUGUUCUAGAUAUGGAGCAGACCAUUUUAAAGAGGGAGACUGCCAGUCAACAUAUGAAUUGACUUUCGAGUUUCUGUAUUUUUGUAUUAAACACCCUUAAUAAAGUGUACAUUUUUAAACUGA